AUGGAGUCCCAGUUGAAGCCGGCGGCUCUCCUCCUGGCUCUGUGGUGCUGCUGCAGUGCUCAACGCGUUAACUACAUAUGGCCACAUCAAGGAAGCGUCAAUGGAGCAACACGGCUCACCAUAAAUGGCGACGGUUUUGCUCAGGAAAAACAAUUCCAGCUGAAUCCAAAAGACGACACAUUUGGCAACCGUGUGACCCUAGUGUCAGACACCCGGUCAGUCCCCUGUGAGGUGGAGAGAGACUCAACACAUGGCAACCAGAUCCUGUGUUACACCAGUGCCAUGCCGAGUGAUCAAUAUGUGGUCCGUGUCAGCGUGGACGGUGUUCCUAUUCCUGACAGCAAUAUAUGCAGUGGCGCAUACAAACCAUACUAUUGCAGCAUAUAUACUGUCUGGUACCGCACACCUACCAUCGCCACCCUGAGUCCAGUCACUGGUCCCCCAGGCACCUUGGUGACACUGCGAGGACGGAUCUUCAGUGAUGUGUAUGGAAGCAACACCGACAAGAGCUCCAAUGGCCUCGACGUCAGAUUUCUGAGAUCCUACAUGGGAGGGAUGCCAUGCGAGUUGCUUAAACCGGAGUCAGAUGAACUGUAUAACCUACAACUGGACUCUGAAACUUCUCAGUGGGGAUACAUGAGCUGCAAAAUGACGGGGACGUAUGUUGGGCAUCACAACUUGAGUUACAUUCUCGAUAACGAUUUUGGAAGGAGUCUGACAGACAAGAAUCUUUACAGAGUUUCAUCUUUGGAAAAACUCUCUAUGUUUCAGACCUUUGCAGAGGUGACAGGAGUCUCGCCAUCCAACGGUAGCGUCAUGGGUGGAACCCUGCUGACCGUCCACGGCCGCUUCUUCGACCAAACCGAUCUCCCAGCACGUGUUCUCGUCGGAGGCCUGCCUUGUGAAAUCCAGAGUGUGUCCGAUGACAGAAUAACGUGCAGGACGGCCAAACACGAUACAGACAAAAACAUGACAGUCUACCCAGGUGGAAGAGGCUUGAAGAUGGAGGUGUGGAACGACACAAGACCUAGAUACCUGACUGACAUUCGCAACUACAAUGACAACACAACGGGAUACUGGGCACAGUGGAUCGACUCCAUGCCGCACAUCUUUCCUUUAGAAUUGGAUUUGAUCAGCACUCGAACCAGAGGGUUCUUCGUCCCUCCACAGAGCGCCAACUACACUAUUUACUUCCACUGUGAUGACCGAUGUGAGCUCUACUUCAGCAACUCCAGCCGCCCAGAGGAUAUGGUUAAAAUUGCCUUCCAACCAUAUUAUGUCGCAGACUACACAAAACUGGAAUCACAAAAGUCUGAAGUAAUGGCUCUAGAGAAAGGAAAACCCUACUACUUGGAAAUCCUGCAUCAAGAGUAUGGUGGUAAAGGUCAUGUGAACAUUGCCUUGUUCAAAGGGGAGAGCCCCUUUACUGAAGACCAGACGGACGAUGCUGUCAAUGAGGUUCAGAAUAUCGUGAUUGAAUAUGAGGUGUUCGAUGAGGAACUGGCGGUGACCUUUGAAUCGUGGCCCAGCAGUGCCGCCGCAGUCAAAGAGGUGCAGAAGGUUACCGUCAGCAGCAACUGUGCCAGCCAUCUUUGUGGGAGCACCUUCUUCAGCCUGGGCUAUGGAGAAGCAAUGACUGGACCAAUUCCAGUCAGCUCCUCAGCAAUUAUAGUGGAAGCAGCCUUGAACAGCCUUUGGUCCAUCAAACCCGACACAGUUAAGGUCACAAGACAGGACGAUGGCCAAGGAUCGCACUACAUAGUCACAUUCAACUCUGAUAGAGGGGAUUUCAAACCUCUUCGCUCAGAGGUUUUUGGCUCCGACACCAACGUCACUGUUGCUGAGGUUACAAAGGGAACAAGCAACAUGGAGACCUUCACUCUGGUCUGGGGGGGAAUCCCUACAAAGCCCAUCGCCUUCAAUGCAACUGAGUCUGAGGUGCAGUCGGCCCUGCAGGUGAUGAUGAAAGCCAAGUGCCCCGGAGAGAUCUUGACAACGGAAGGGACUAAUGUGAAAUACUUCAAUGACUUUGAAAAUGAUAUCUCUCAGUUCGAUACUGCUGAGGAAGGCACUCCAGUGAACAACUCUGGUUUCUGUGGCCAAUGGUCACUGAAGAACGCUGUGGUUCUUUUCAAGGAAAGUUACAACAAAGAGUCUGGUGAUGCCUACGGACCAGUUUCAUUGGAUGAUCAUUCCACGCUUUGCUUUGCAUACAAGGGAAUGCUGAAGGAUGAAGUUGGAAUGAAGUUCACUUACCGCAACAGCGACGGCCAAACCAAGACAGAGACCGCAAAGAUCAACACUGUUUUCAAUAAGGGCCACAAAUGGAGUUACACAUGCAUGGACCUGCAGAGUUCCCUGCAGACAGAAUACAUUGGCAGCAAAUACAGUCUGCUGGAGCUUUACCUCUACAAUGACGAGUCUGGUGAUUUCUAUGUGGAUGCCGUUUACAUUGGAAAGACGCCCACAACAAGUGAUGUGAACGUUGUUCCCCACAAGAGAAGGCCUCCACCUUUUGAGAGCUCUGGUCAUUUCUUCGAGGUGUUUUCUAUUAGCAAAGACACAUCAACUGGUUCACAGAUCAGCUACAAAAUCAAAGCCAUGGCGGUAGAUUGUGGCUUUGGGUUCCCACUGCUAGAAGUUGGCUUCCUGCAGAUGUCCAACAGCAGCGAGGACAUGGCUGAGUUCAGGCAAGGAGCAGCCACCGUCACCAUCACUCGCCCUCACAGAGCCACCCCUCCUCUGAACGGCACAUUUGAUGUGGAGAUUUACGGAGGCCGAGCUGAAGGUCUGUCAGUGGACAUCAGCGAGGAGGACCUGAAGUACGCCCUGGAGGGAAUUGCUGGGAUGGGUCAGGUCAGCGUUACAUAUCAGGGAAGCUGCAGACGCCCCAAGUGGAGGGUCGAGUGGCUCACUAAACCCGGAGACCAGCCUCUGAUGCAGCUUAACGGCUCGUCGAUUGUUGGCAAAAAUGUAGAUGUUUUCGCCCAGGAGAAAAAGAAGGGAGGAUUGUUGUUCAGAGGCCUCUUAGGAGAUUUCUUCCGUGUCUGUGAAACCAAACCACAGGUGGAGGUUUACAUCAAUGGCAUUCCCUCAAAGUGUUCUAGUGAUUGCGGGUUUGAAUGGUCUGAGGACGCAACUCCAGUUGUGACUGGAAUCAGCCCAUCUCAAGGAUCGAAUGGGCUUGGGACUCUUUUGACUGUUACUGGAACUGGCUUCCGUAGUGAAAAUGCCUCCAUCUUUGUGGGAAAGGCCAGGUGCGAUGUUGAACAGAUCACCGCUACCACUCAGGUGUGCAGACUGGGCAGCGCCAGUGCUGGUACCUACCCCGUGUCCGUCAGCUUCCCCUCUCUGGGUAAUUCACGCUACCCAGACGGCAACAUGUUCCACUUCACCUACCAACUCAUUGUUUCCUCUUUCACUCCGCUCUCUGGAAGUGUGGCAGGAGGCACACUGCUGACAGUGAGUGGUUUCGGCUUCGGCCAGAACACCACAGUUACUGUUGGCAGCGAGGAGUGCGUGGUGGUUCAUGCCGGCGACACCGAGCUGAAAUGCAGAACGCCACCAGGAACUGCAGGAUCACAAAAUGUCACAGUGAUGAUGGGAAACAUGAGUCAGACAGCCAACAGCUCCUUCACCUACGAUAAUAACCUCACACCGCAGAUCUCAGGCCUGAGCCCUCAAACUACCACUGUGAUUGGACAUCACGUUCUUACCAUCCAGGGUUCGAACCUGGGAGGCCAAGACAAUGACAGCAUGGUGUUCGUAGGCAGGAAGGAGUGUGUCACCGUCCAGUGGACAUCAACAAACAUCACCUGUCUUCUCCCUGUGCUGCCGCCCGAUCUGUACAAGGUGGAUGUACAGGUAGGAAACAAUGGCUACCCCCAGACAAGCAACGGUGUGAACGCCACCAUUGAAUACAUCCUGGAAAUCAACAGCAUCACCCCACUGUUUGGCUCUCUCCUGGGAGGAACCAGACUGAUUGUUUCUGGAUCUGGUUUCAGCACAAACACCUCUGACAACAAAGUCUCCAUUGGAGGAGCUGAGUGCGAAGUGAAGGACGCCUCAGAGAACGAGCUGCAGUGUGUUAUUCAGUCGGAGCAGCAGACUCACAUUGUCACCAACCAGGGAUCCCACCGCACUUAUGGACAGGGGUAUGCAUGGAGUCCUGCUUCACAGACGGUGUUUGUUGGAGACACAGUAAUGUGGCGCUGGGAGGCACCACCCUUCCAGAAAGUCGGGUACCGGGUCUUCAGUGUCUCCAGUCCAAGUGGCACCACCUACGAAGGCGGACCAUUCAACAGUGGACAGACCAAGACAGCCAAAGGCUUUUUCAGCUACCGUUUCACUACACCCGGUGUAUAUUACUACAGCAGUGGCUACAUCGAUGAUGCCAACGCCUUCCUGCUGCAGGGAGUUGUGAAAGUCCAGCCUCGGGAGGAGAAAAGCAGCAAGAUCUCUGUCAGUGUGGGAGGCAUGGAGGCCAGAUACGUGACUGCAGGUUCCAGUCGUGUCUCCAGAGCCACCGCACAGUGCGUCGCCUCCUCACAGUGCCAACAGACCAAUGAGACUUCAGACGGCCUUUCCUUCAGCGCCUCCGCCUGCUCCACGCCCACGGUCCACUCCAUCUCUCCCAACCAGGGGUCGUACCACCAGGUCAUCCACAUUCAGGGCAGUGCCUUCAGUGACAUUGCCUGCGCUAAUGAGGUGACAGUGGGAGAUCAGCCCUGUCAGGUGAUCAACAGCUCUCACUCUGAGAUUUACUGUCAGCUCAGCGACAAGAGCGAACUUCCCAUCGGUGUCGCUCACCCUGUAGCCGUCAGAGUCAACAACUUUGGCAGCGCCAUCAUCGCCGUCCAAGACGAGCUCGCCCGUCGUUUUGUGGUUCUGCCUGUGGUGAAUUCAGUCUUUCCCCCUAUUGGCAGCCCCACAGGCUACACGCGGGUCCUCAUCUACGGCUCUGGUUUCUCUGAAGGACAAGUGACUGUAGCCAGCGAGCCAUGCACUGUUGUGUCAGUCAAUUACACUUGUAUCACCUGUGACACUUCUGCUUCUCAGCCUCACACUGGCGAUGUCGUCUUCCAGAUGGGCAGGAUCCCAAGCUCUUGCCACUCAAACUGCUCCUUCGUGUACUCCUCCGUCACUCCCACGGUCACCGGUAUUUCCCCUGAGAGCAUCAGCGAUUUAACCACCGUCACCAUCUCGGGCUCAGGGUUUGGCAGCCGUGUGGAUGACCUGGCAGUGUUUGCCAGCACCAUACAGCUGAAUGUCACCGCCGUAACUGAUGGCAACAUUUCACUAAGAGUUAGCGCUCUGCCUGCGGGCGACCAUCCAGUCAUAGUGAUUGUGAGAAGUAAAGGCCUCGCAUCCGGUCCUGUAACCCUAAGCAGCCAAGCCCAAGCUGGCCUCAACCCUGACACGGGCAGUCUGGCAGGAGGAACCUCUCUCAUCUUCACUGGAAACGGUUUCGCUCCAGGGAACACCAGCGUGACGGUCGAUGGCCAACCCUGCGAGAUUCAGGAGGUGACACCGGGUCAGCUGCGCUGUCUGACGCCUCCUCACAGCGCGGGGUUGGUGACCGUCAACAUCCAGGUCUUUUCGGUGCAGUAUCCUCCUCUCAACUUCACCUACUCUGCAGCCAACACUCCUGUCAUCAGCUCCAUCAGCCCCACCACUGGGCCGAGCGGGGCAGUCGUCACACUGACAGGUUCAGGAUUUGGCACCGACUCUCAGCAAGUCUCCGUCACCAUAAACCACGUCCCCUGCAAUGUGUCCUCAGUGUCCGACACACAGGUCCAGUGCACUGCAGGGGACAACCCAGGGGGGGCGUACCCAGUCAUGCUGCAGCACCAGGUCAAAGGUCAAGCCCAGUCAAAUGUCACGUUCAUGUACGAGCUGACCCUGAGUGGCGUGCAGCCCAACGAGGGCAGUUUUGGCGGUGGCGCGCUGCUGUUCGUGCAGGGUUCUGGGUUUGACCCGCACAACUCCACUGUGAUGAUCUGCGGGGAGGAGUGCAAAGUUGACAGAGAAAUGUCGACAUCAAGCCGUCUGUACUGCGAGUCUCCUUUCAACAAUGGCACUCAGUCGGAGGUGAGCUGUACGGUUGCUGUCAUUAACCAGCUGGAUGCCGUCAACAUAUCAAAUGGCUUUGCCUACAAAUCUCAGUUGACUCCGGUGAUCACUGAGGUUUCUCCACGCAGAGGAGGCACUGCUGGAGGCACCCGGCUCACAAUCACCGGCUCCGGUUUCAGCACUAACAUGAAUGAAGUGAACGUGACAAUCGCGGGGUCUGUGUGUGAUGUUCAGUCCACCAACAACACACACAUCAUCUGUGUGACAAACGCUCAGCGACAGUCUCAGGAAACCAAAGUCAGAGUCAGCAUCGGAGACAGAGGUAUCGCCAAGAUGGAUGACGCAGAUUUCUUCUACAUUGACGUGUGGUCAUCCAGGUUCACGUGGGGUGGUCUGUCUCCACCCGAGAAGGGCUCGUUUGCUGUCAUCACUAAAGGCCAGACCAUCCUGCUGGACUCCAGCACCCCUGUGCUGAAAAUGCUCCUUAUUCAAGGAGGGACGUUGGUGUUUGAUGAAGCGGACAUCGAGCUGCAGGCAGAAAACAUCCUGAUCACAGACGGCGGGCGGCUUCAGAUCGGCCAGGAGGGGGCGCCAUUCCAGCACAAAGCCAUCAUCACACUUCAUGGAAACCUGCGCUCACCUGAACUCCCCGUUUAUGGAACCAAGACGCUGGCUGUCAGAGAGGGAGUGCUGGACAUGCAUGGUAUUCCAGUUCCUGUCCCCUGGACCCACUUGGCCCAGACAGCGACCAGUGGCUCCUCCACAGUGACCCUGAUGAAGGCAGUGACGUGGAAAGUUGGAGAUGAAAUCGUCAUUGCUUCUACCGGCCACAGGCACAGCCAGAGAGAGAACGAGGUGAGGAAGAUCGUCACUGUGUCGGCUGAUGGAAAGACUCUAACCCUGAACGAACCCCUCACGUACACUCACCUCGGGGUGACCGUCACGCUGCCUGAUGGCACCGUGUUUGAGGGCCGAGCUGAGGUGGGUGUCCUCACCAGGAACAUCGUGGUACGAGGUUCCCAAAACCAAGAAUGGAACGACAAGAUCGAAGCCUGCCCUGAAGGCUUUAACACAGGUGAAUUCACCACCCAAACCUGUUUCCAAGGAAGGUUUGGAGAGGAGGUCGGCAGUGAUCAGUUUGGAGGCUGCAUCAUGUUCCACGCUCCCAGACCAAAUGAGAAUCUUGCAAUCGGCAGACUGGAAUAUGUUGAGGUCUUCCAUGCAGGACAGGCCUUUAGACUGGGACGUUAUCCCAUCCACUGGCAUCUGAUGGGAGACAUCAACUACAAGUCAUAUGUUAGGGGUUGUGCAAUCCAUCAGACCUUCAACAGGGCCGUAACCAUCCACAACACCCACAAGCUGCUUGUGGAGCACAACGUGAUCUACAACAUCAUGGGCGGGGCCUUCUUCAUCGAAGACGGCAUUGAGACGGAGAACAUCCUGCAGUACAAUCUGGCUGUGUUUGUCAAACAAAGCACCAGCCUGCUGAACGAUGACGUCACUCCUGCCGCCUACUGGGUCACCAAUGCCAACAACAUCAUCCGCCACAACGCCGCAGCAGGAGGCACCCACUUCGGCUUCUGGUACCGCAUGCACGAGCACCCCGAUGGCCCGUCCUAUGACGCAAACAUCUGCCAGAAGAGGGUUCCCCUGGGUGAGUUUUACAACAACACCGUGCACUCUCAGGGCUGGUUCGGCCUGUGGAUCUUCCAAGACUUUUUCCCCAUGCAGAAUGGGCGCUGCAACUCCAAAACCCCCGAGCCUGCUGUCUUCCGCUCCCUCACCACCUGGAACUGCGAGAAAGGUGCUGAGUGGGUCAACGUGGGUGCCGUGCAGUUCAACAGCUUUGUCAUGGUCAACAAUGAAAAAGCCGGCAUUGAAGCCAAGCGCAUCAUGCAGUGGGCUGUGAGCAGAUUUGGAGAGGACGGAGGGGCGACGGUGUCCAACAGCACCAUUGUGGGACACGUGGAUGAGCUCGGACUGGGCGAUAACUACUGCACGCUCCGAGGUAUCAUCGCGCCACUGGACGAUGGCCUGAGUGUCCUUAACACCAAGUUCAUCAACUUCGACCGCAGCUCUUGCGCAGCCAUCGGGGUAGCUAAAAUCGACGGGACGUGUGUGGAUCGGUGUGGUGGCUGGGCUGUCAGGUUUAGUGGUAUCCAGUACGAAAACUCACCCAACAAGGCCGGCUUGAGGUGGGAGCAUGAGGUGCAGCUGGUGGACACUGAUGGCUCCCUCACAGGAGACAUCAACCACAAAGUUGUGCCUAUGAGCGCCUUGCUGGACCCUGAUCACUGUUCCCAGAGUGGCGAGUGGAGCGUGGGUUUCCCUGGUGCUGUGUGCGACCACACCGUUGAGUUCCAUCGUGUGUCAUUCAACAAUCCCACGCCAACCUCUCUGUUGGCCAAGGAUGUCAUCUUAACCAACUCACAUGGCUCCAGUGCGGUUCCCUAUUUGAAGAAGAGAAUGACUCAUAAGUAUGGCUGGAUGGCCAUGCUACCCUCCGGACAGACCUACAACUGGUACUUUGCCAACAUGGACCACGUCACCAACAUCACAUAUGAUGCUAAAUUCUACGGCUUCAAGCCAGAUCAAUAUGUGAUCAUCAACCACAACUUAACCCAGAGUCCAGACAGAUUCCGCAUCAUCGAUGAGAGGAACGGCUCGGUGACGCCGCUGAGCUUCAGCAAUAACAAUAACGGAGACUGGUACUUCGACAACAGCACCAACAACCUCUACUACAUCAUUUCUGGGAAGACCAACCAGCGGCGGCGGCGUGCCAGCGUUGACCGCUCCAUGACUGACUCUGAGGUGAACUUGAGGGUCUACCGCUGCUUCUACACCGACUGCCUCACACCGACGCCACCGCCUCCAGCCACACUCGCCCCCUUGCCCUCCGGCCGACCUGAGGACUUCAUUUCGUGGUCUAAUGCCUCGUUCUGGACAAGUUCAGCUGAAAAUAACUUCACUGCGCCAAAAGAGGGCGCUGAUGUGGUCAUCCCAUCAGGAAAGUGGGUCAUUUUGGACAGCAACACUCCGCCCCUCAACAAGCUGACUAUCAUUGGAGUCCUAGAGAUCCCCGACAUCAACGUCACAUCCAGCAGACAGGCUCGGGCUGCAGCUGAAUACAGGACUGUGGUGAUAGACGCUGUCUACAUCUCCAUCCAGACCAUCAUGAAUAUUGUUAUUUCCAACGUGACGCUGGUGGACAACGGGUUGGGUGUGAUGCCUCUCAUCUACGCUCCUCCAUCGGUCUCCCACACAUACGCCGAUAAAAGCGUACAUAUUGAGAAUGCCUUAAUUGUUGGCAGCAGUCCGAGCUUCAACUGUUCAGACACUGUGCCCGCCACUGACUUUAAUAUUGUCAACAGUGAGGACCAUCGAGCACCGAGACCUCUCAAUGGUGGCAGAUCUGGACUCUGUUGGCCAACUUUUGGGUCUAGUCACAACACCGCUCCAGCUAAGCCUCAUCAUGUGAACAACAACUACAAUGCCAUCAAAGGACUGAUGACAGUCAACGACACAACAUUCGUGGGUUUCCGUAACGUCUGCUCCAGCGAGACGAACUUCAUGUUUAUCACCAACCCGAUCAACGAGGACUUGCAGCACCCUGUGCAGGUUUCAGGCAUAAGGACAGUUGACAGCACAGAAGGGGCCAAAGUCUUCAUCCACAGGGCUGAUUUAGGUAAAGUGAACCCAUCUGACUGUGUGGACAUGGACUGCGAUGCGAAGAAGAAGAGCUUGCUGAAGGACUUGGAUGGCUCGUUCCUCGGUGCAGUGGGAACUGUGGUGCCCCAGUCUGAGUAUGAGUGGGGAGGUGAUCCCAGGAGGGGGCUGGGCGACUACCGCAUCCCCAAAGUCAUGCUCACUUUCCCCAAUGGCAGCCGCAUCCCUGUGGACCAGAUCGCUCCACACAAAGGUGUGAUCAGGAAAAACUGCACGUAUAUGAGUACCUGGCAGAGCUACAAGUGUUUCGGGCUCAGCUACAGGAUGCUGGUGAUCGAAAGUCUUGACUCUGACACAGAGACCAGACGUCUGUCCCCCGUCGCCGUCCUCGGAGACGGCUUUGUUGAUCUUCUUAACGGUCCUCAGGAUCAAGGUUGGUGUUCAGGCUACACCUGCCAGAAGAGAGUGUCUCUCUUCCACAGCAUCGUGGCCACUGGUCACUCCUUCGACGUCUACUUCUCCAGCGUCAGCCCGCAGAAACUUCGCCUCAUGAUGCUCAACGCUGAUCCGUCUGAGAGCGUCGUGGUGUCGGUCUUCUACUCCAAGCCGCAGCGGUUGGAUGUGUACGUUGACAACAAACUGGUUGCUCCGACUAACGCUAAGUGGAACGCUGACGAAACUGACUACACCCUGAAUAAGCCCAUCGUAGCAGGUGAAUACUUCCCCCAACUGAAUGACACUUUGGGAACCAACUACUUCGACCAGGACAACAAGAUGCUGAAGGUCUUGGUGAGAGGAUCCAAACCGGUAGAAAUCCGGACCUCCCCGGUUCUCUUCCUGGCCUUCGAGCUGCCCGCCAUGACAGAGGAUGAGUUCUUCGGAGACAGCCUGGUCCAGAACCUCGCUACGUUCCUCAAGGUUCCCUCGAAUAUGAUCCGAAUCACCAAGAUCAUCCGGGAGGAUGGAAGCGCGCGACGCAGGAAGAGAUCCACUGGCCUGACGGUGGAGGUGGAGAUUAAGAAACCUCCAGUCCAGCAAACCACCAACAGCACCAAUGAUGAGGAGGACUUUGUUUUGUUGCAGAGCAUUGCUGAUGAUCUGGGUCAGGCAGCAGUUUCCGGAAACCUCAGUCAGUCCAUCGGCUUCAACGUGUCUUCGAUGGGCAUCAUCCCUCCUCCUCCUCCAGCAUCUGACCCCGACUGGAAUAAGGAGGCCACAGCGGAAGUGACAAGGGAGGAGCCUAAAGUGAGCUUUGUGUCCGGCGUGGCCAAACUGCUACUCAUGGUGGAUCCAAUAGCUGGGGAGUUUGUGGGUCCUCUGCACCAGCAGCCCAGCCUCAUGGCUGUGGAUGAGCAGGGUAACUGUGUCUAUGUGGGAGUGACAAGUCUAACUGUAACAGCCAGCCUGAAAAACUCCAGCGGGAACAGCAUAGAUGGACUGAACGGAAACACCACCAUCCUGUUCAGCACCUGCUGGGCAAACUUCACCGACCUGUCCAUUCUCAACGACGGUGAGAACCUCACCAUGGCCUUUACUCUGAAGGAGUGGGGCGCUGAGUCACGCAGCUUCUCCGUGAAAAGCACUCCAACCACAGAGGCCCCGACGACCAGCAGCAACGUCACCUUAAACACAGCCGAACCGCAGACCACCGACGACAGCAUCUUCAGCAGCGGCUCUGCCGUGGCUGCAGGCAGUCUGUGUCUGGUCAGCAUUAUCUACGCUGUAGCCUGCUGCUCAGACAGCACCCCCAUAUGUUAGAUAGUUCUGUGAAGCUAAGAGGGUUUUAUGAAGGAUAUCUCAACAUUUAUUCACUUUAACUUGAACAAGUCUGCUCAAUGAAAGGAAUGUAGUUGUUGAUAAUAUUAUGAAAAUGGUGUAUUUUUUCUUUUUCUUUUUGGGAAGUUAAACAGAUUUAUUGGGGUGGGGUUAAAAGUUUGAUGAGGAAAACCAAUGAGCCAAAUUAAAGCACUUAUCCCUCCAUCUGUUUUUUGUUUUUUGAGUUCUUUGGUUUUGUUAUAUGUAAAUGUCUGUUAUGAUUAACAUAAAUGUCUUAUGAUAUGAAGACCCAUAUAGACUUUCUAUUUUAAAACAGGUGCAAUAGGGUUUACCUUGAAUCUGUAACA